GCGAGCGCCCUUUGGCGUCCUCGUCCUGACGAUGUGGCCCCGGUGUCCCUCGAGCCCACCUGUGCCCUCCCUUUCCCCGACCCAGCUGCGCCCGCCCUCGGCCACCGCCCCUCCCCCGAGGCGUGGCCCCAGUGUCUAGGCUGGGGAGCGUAGCAGGAGCCGGGGGCCAACUGGCUCCUUCCCGCCCUGGCUCCUGCCGGCGGGCCUGGGACUGCAGCCACUUCUGAAAGUGCCUCAUUGUGUGCGCCCCGGGCGGGCAGCGCGGAGCAGCGCAGCGGGCCGCCGCGGCCGCACAGCCUUGUUUCCAGAUUCGCUCCGCCUGGAGUGUCCAGGUGUCUCCAAAACCUUGGUGCCCACGACUCCCAUCGAUGCUUCUUGGAGCUUAAUCCCUAGUGUCACCACGGGCCCCUUAAUAGUCGUGGGACUCUGAGGACCAAAUCAGCCCCUGCAGACUCUCCCGGUGAAGAGAAGGAACAGGCUGUGGGCUGGAACUUGGAAGGGACGACGUGUAGGAGCCUUUGCUGAGCGGCAGGAGAGAGGCGUCCGCUCCCUGGCGGAAUCAGCCAGAGUCGCCAAGCUUUGGGCCUUAGGGCUCCUGAACAGGGAUGGCCUUCAGCUGACACCAAACAAAAAGAAAUCUGAGCCCGGGAUUUGUACCUAGUAUUACAUUUCACUCUCUUGGAUUCCACGCCAGGGCUGGGACAGGCUGGUGACAAGAGGAUCCGCUGAGUCAAGGCGGGCAGAGUUUGGCCAAAAGCCUGAGGCACCUCCAAUGGAUUUGUGAUCGGCGUGGGCAGCUCUCCCAGCAGCCCUGGACAGCAGCCCAGGCAUGCGGCUACCGCGCGUCUCCGGCACUGUAGUGACUGCACUCCUGCUGGCGCAGACCUGCCUUCUGCUCUUCCUGGUCUCCCGACAAGGGCCGUGGUACCCAGCCGGCGGCAAGCAGCGUGUGCACGUGUUGGUGUUGUCCUCUUGGCGCUCGGGCUCAUCCUUCGUGGGCCAGCUCUUCAGCCAGCAUCCAGACGUGUUCUACCUGAUGGAGCCCGCGUGGCACGUGUGGGCUGCCCUGUCGCAGGGCAGUGCUCCAGCGCUGCACAUGGCUGUUCGCGAUCUGGUGCGCUCUGUCUUCCUGUGCGACAUGGACGUGUUCGACGCCUACCUGCCGUGGCGCCGCAACUUGUCAGACCUCUUCCAAUGGGCGGUGAGCCGCGCGCUGUGCUCGCCCCCCGCCUGCAACGCCUUCAGUCGCGGCGCCAUCAGCAGUGAGGCUGUGUGCAAGCCACUGUGCGCGCGGCGGCCCUUCGGCCUGGCCCAGGAGGCCUGCCGCUCCUAUAGCCACGUGGUGCUCAAGGAGGUGCGCUUUUUUAACCUGCAGGUACUUUACCCGCUACUCAACGACCCAGCGCUCAAUCUACGCAUUGUGCACCUGGUGCGCGACCCAAGGGCGGUGCUGCGCUCCCGAGAGCAGACCGCCGCGGCGUUGGCGCGCGAUAACGGCAUAGUGCUGGGCACCAACGGCACGUGGGUGGAGGCCGACCCCCGCUUGCGCGUGGUGAGCGAGGUGUGUCGCAGCCACGUGCGCAUAGCUGAGGCCGCUCUGCACAAGCCGCCGCCCUUCCUGCAGGGUCGCUACCUCCUGGUGCGCUUCGAGGACCUGGCGAGGGAGCCGCUGCGCGAGAUCCGCGCACUCUACGCUUUCACCGGCCUGAGCCUUACGCCGCAGCUCGAGUCCUGGAUUCACAAUAUCACGCACGGGUCGGGGCCCGGUGCGCGCCGAGAGGCCUUCAAGACCACGUCUAGGGAUGCACACAACGUCUCCCAGGCCUGGCGCCACUCGCUGCCCUUCAGCAAGAUUCGGCGCGUGCAGGAGCUGUGCGCUGGCGCCCUGCAGCUGCUGGGCUACCGGCCCGUGUACUCUGAGGAUGAGCAGCGUGACCUUGACCUGGACCUCGUGGUGCCUCGCGGUCCCAGCAGUUUCAGGUGGGCGUCGCCCACUGAUGAGCACUCCAAGCCUUAGCGGAGGGUCCUAGUUGCGGCGGUAGUUUGGAUACCGGAGGAGCAUAUAAGAAGGAGAAGUGGACAGGCGCAUGGGAAAGUAGAGUCAGCCACCAGAGAAGCAGGGAGAGUCCAGGAUUCUCCCCUGAACUAGGAAAGGACCAAGUCUUUCUCCCCGAGUCUCAGCUUUCUUUCCUUUGCGCCCUCUUCAGGAGCUGGUUUCCCUACACGUAUGCUCUCCACGGAAAGCAAAACUCUCAUCCCACUUCCCUUGGGCACUACUCAAGCAUUUUCUUUCCCCUUGAUUCUUUCCUCCCUUGGGACGCAGUAGUUGAGAAAUACGUCUAGCUCUGGCUGGGAGUGGAGGGGCACAGCAGUGAGCUGGCUCCUGAAGUUUGUACAUCAUCUCCCAUAUGCACCCUGGACUCCAUUCCCCCACGCCCUCUGCACCAUACUUCAUCAGAGCCACAGGUUAUAGUCACCUGUAUCUUUAGUGAGAAAUCAGAGAAGAUGCCUCGGUCUUGUGGUCUUCCAUCAGUGUCUGUCUGCUCCAUCUCCCAGGAGCCCACACCCCUCCCCAUCACCCUGCUCAGGUAUGAUGAACCUUUGAUUUGCCCUGAGAGGAGAGAGCCAACUUAUGAAAAUAAACGAUAAUUAACCUGUGUGAUAACAGA